AUGGCGCCUACCAGCAUUUACAUCGACGAAGACGUCGGGAGAGACGAACCUACUGCCAACGGCUCGGAGACCGCCCCCUACAAGACCCUUGUCCACGCCUACCUGGAACACCCUCCCACUACCGAAGGCAUUCAAUACCUCACGCGCAAGUCCCAGACCGAUGCUGCAGGCGAAGAUGUUGACCCUGCGGCCAAGCUAGAGUGGAAGCCCGCCACCAAGUCGGCCAUGAAGAAGGCCAACAACCUCUGGGAGCAGCGCAAGAAGAAGGCGGCCAAGGAACAGGAACUCGCCAUCCGCGAGAAGGCCGAGGCCGACAAGCGCCAGACUAUCCUUGAUGAAGCCAAGAAGGUGAUCAUCAAGGAGGACACCUCGCUUCCUAAGCCGGUACGCAUCCGUCUGGAUGUCACCGACCCGGCCACCGUCAAGCUGGGCUCCCCCGAGUCCAAGGAGCCUGGCACCCGCGUCCGCGUCCUGGGCCGUGUCCACCGUGCGCGUGCUCAAAAGGAUGUCGUCUUCAUCACGCUCACCGAUGGCUACGGAUACCUACAGUGUAUCCUGACCGGCGACAUGGUCAAGACCUACGACAUCAUGACCCUCACCCUCGAAACCUCCAUGUCCAUCCACGGUGAGAUGCGCGCUGUGCCCCCUAAGCAGCACGCCCCCAACGAUCGCGAACUUCACGCCGACUUCUUUGAGAUCAUUGGUCGUGCCGCCGGCGACAAGGAGGCCAUUACCACCCGUGUGGCGCCGGACGCCGACCCGCAGACUCUGUACGACAACCGCCACCUGGUCCUGCGCGGUGAGACCUCCUCCUCCGUGAUGAAGGUGCGCGCCGCCACUUUGCGCGCAUUCCGCAAGGCCUUCGAGGAGCACCGCAUGCUGGAGGUGACCCCUCCCGCCAUGGUGCAGACCCAGGUCGAAGGUGGCAGUACCCUCUUCGGAUUCGACUACUACGGCGAGAACGCCUACCUGACACAGUCCUCGCAGCUGUACCUGGAGACAUGUCUCCCAUCCCUGGGUGACGUCUACUGCGUGUGCCCAUCGUUCCGAGCGGAGAAGUCUUUGACUCGCCGCCACCUGUCGGAGUACACUCACAUCGAGGCCGAGCUGGAUUUCAUCACUUUCACUGAUCUGCUCGACCACCUCGAGGAGAUGAUCUGCCGUGUCAUUGAUUCGAUUCUCGCCGAGCCUGAAAUUGCCGGAUAUAUCAAGCAGCUCAACCCCGACUUCAAGAAGCCUUCGCGUCCCUUCCGUCGCAUGAAGUAUGACGAUGCUAUCCAGUGGCUGAUUGAGCACGAAAUCCCCAACGAGGAGGGCCAGCCCCACCAGUUCGGCGAUGAUAUCGCCGAGGCUGCUGAGCGCCGCAUGACCGACAUCAUCAACCAGCCUAUCUUCCUGACUCACUUCCCUGCUGAGAUCAAGGCCUUCUACAUGAAGAAGGCUCCCGAGGACCGCCGCGUCACGGAGAGUGUCGACGUGCUCAUGCCCGGUGUUGGCGAGAUUGUCGGUGGUAGUAUGAGAAUGGAUGACUGGGAUGAGUUGAUGGGUGCCUACAAGCACGAGGGUAUGGAUCCCUCGCCCUACUACUGGUACACUGACCAGCGCAAGUACGGUACUUCCCCCCACGGCGGCUACGGUCUCGGCCUCGAGCGUUUCCUCGCCUGGUUGUGUGCUCGCUACACUGUCCGCGAUUGCUCUUUGUAUCCCCGAUACACCGGCCGUUGCACUCCUUAG